ACAAUGGACAACAGGAACCAUAAUCAAACUUAUUUUAAACAUUUAUUUAGUAGUUGAAUACUAUAAUAUUUAAUAUGUAAAACAAUUCUUACUUUUAUUUUAUUUUGAAAGCAUAGUUAUAAAUUAUUUUUAAAAAGUGCAAUAUGAGUCAACAGCCAGUACCACCAGCAGGAAAGCCUGCUCCCAGGACAUCUAGACCAACAGUUGCUAAACAAAAACUAGCAAGCAUUCGUUUUCGCUGUUCUCUUCAAAACACAAUUUUAGAUGUGCUAAAAGCCAGGCCAGGAUGGGUGGAAGUAACAAAUGAGGGAGGAUCGUGGGACUUCUACUGGGCUGAUGUGUGGUGGAUGAAAGAAAUAUUUGACAGGGCAUACCUGGAGGACCAAAUGAGAAUUAAUCACUUUCGUAAUCAUUAUGAGCUGACAAGAAAAAAUUUGAUGGUGAAAAACUUGAAAAGACUCCGUAGACAGUUAGAGCGUGAUUCUGGAAAAGUAGAAGCCCAAAAAUGUGACUUUUUUCCAGCUACAUUCGAGCUCCCAUCAGAGUAUCACAUCUUCGUAGAUGAGUUUCGACGAAAUCCUGGUAGUAUUUGGAUAAUGAAACCAAUAGCAAAGUCUCAAGGGAAAGGAAUCUUCCUGUUCAAGAGAUUAAAGGACAUCACUGACUGGAAGCGGGGUGUUGAGUACCAGCCACAGCUACAGCAGGUUGAUGGAACCCAGCCCAUUGAAACUUACGUGGUGCAGCAUUACAUUGAAAACCCUUAUCUUAUUGGUGGACGUAAAUUUGAUAUUAGGGUUUAUGUUUUAGUUACAUCUUACAAUCCCCUGAAAGUUUAUUUAUACAGAAGUGGUUUUGCGCGAUUUGCCAAUAACAGAUACUCUUUAGACACGAUUGACGAUAACUACAUCCAUCUUACAAAUGUUGCCAUACAGAAGACAGCCCCAGACUAUGACCCUGAGAAAGGAUGCAAAUGGUCCACACAACAGCUGCGCAUGUACCUCACAGCCAAACAUGGCCAGCAAAAUGUGAACACACUGUUUCAACAAAUGACCAAUAUUUUUAUCCUGAGCCUGCAAUCCUGUCAACGUGUUAUCAUCAAUGAUAAGCAUUGCUUUGAGUUGUAUGGCUAUGAUAUUCUAAUUGAUUCCAACCUCAAACCGUGGUUGAUUGAGAUCAAUGCCUCGCCCUCCCUGACAGCCAGCAACCAGGAAGAUUACGACCUCAAAUUUGGACUGCUCAAUGACGUGCUCAAUGUUCUUGACUUAGAAAAUAGGCUGACAGGAAAAGAAAAGAAGGUUGGGUUGUUUGAUCUGAUGUGGGAUGAUGGGCCUGUGUUCUUAGAUGAAGGAGGAAUGGAGGAUGUGGUUAGUCUUCAGACAGCAUCAACUAAUGCUAACUUAGGAUGCAUUAAUGACAGAUUAGAAAAUUUACGUGAAAUCUACCAAACAGCUGAGGCUUUAAAAAAGUUAUCAUGACAUCGGAGUGAUCGUAAAACAGUGUGGAAGUCUUGUCCCCAAAGUAGUGCAGCUUUUAAACUCACCUUUGUUAUUUUGUUUACAAUCAUUCAGGAGAAUAAAUUAUACUUUACUGCACGUGA